CACCUCGCUCGGCCCCUCUUUCUCUCACUCGCGAGACCAACAAGAACCCCGACUCCACCGCCCAGUCGUCGUAACGCCAAUCCCGUCAUAAAGUUCCUGCCGCUGCCAAAGUCACCGCGCACCCUCCAUUAUCGCUCCCCAGUGCACAACACGCGAUAAGGAAACAACCCGACUUCUGCAGGGACUUCAACUUCCAGCUACUGCUCCUUUGAAGGAGCCCUUCGACAGGUCAAUAUGGUGGUCGCAACGAUCAAGUGCGUGGUAGUAGGCGACGGUGCUGUCGGCAAGACAUGUCUGCUCAUCAGCUACACGACCAACAAGUUCCCUUCGGAAUAUGUACCGACCGUCUUUGACAACUAUGCCGUCACCGUUAUGAUCGGAGACGAGCCUUACACGCUGGGAUUGUUCGAUACCGCUGGACAAGAAGAUUACGACAGGCUUAGACCCUUAUCAUACCCGCAGACCGAUGUCUUCCUCGUCUGUUUCAGCGUCACAUCCCCUGCAUCGUUCGAGAACGUCCGGGAGAAAUGGUUUCCCGAGGUCCAUCACCACUGCCCUGGAGUACCCUGCCUCAUCGUCGGCACCCAGACAGAUUUAAGGGACGACCCGAGUGUCAGGGAAAAGCUGUCAAAACAGAAGAUGCAGCCGGUCCGUAAGGAGGAUGGAGAACGCAUGGCCAAGGAGCUCGGUGCCGUAAAGUACGUUGAGUGCAGUGCCUUGACGCAGUACAAGUUGAAGGAUGUGUUUGAUGAGGCCAUCGUCGCGGCUCUGGAGCCCCCUGCACCGAAGAAGAAAUCGCACAAGUGCCUCAUUUUGUAGGGACUAAUUUCUGCAUCAGAAGCGUACCCAUCGGCCGGCUACGCAGUAUUCCCGUCAACCUUGUAUGCGACCAGGGACCCGGCUUGGAGGUACAUCUUCAAAUACAAAUUCUGCUUUUUGUCAUCACAGCGAUCUAGACUUUGGAGGAGAGGUGUCUGCGUCAGCAAAGGCAGACAGUAUUUCAGGAGUAGCAGCCGCAAGCUCCUACGUAGGACGGACUGCGAAAAUCGAUUUGCAUCGGCCAACAGGUAGAAAGGUGCUGCCAGGACAGACUUCUGAGAAUUGUCAUCCUCGGCCACAGGGCACCUUGGAU